AUGGCUUCCAUUUGGCAUAGUGCAUUGCUUUUCAGCUUAGCUGCUGGCGUUGCAGUAUUUGCAGAUGUCAAGCUGGACUGCAGGCCUGAUUUUGUGACGCUGGUGUCGAGGGAAAGCAGACACCAUGCUGAUGCGUCGCUUUUUCGUUUGGGAACGUGCGCUCCCAUCAGUGCAUCUGCUCGGGAGGCAACUUUCAGAGUGGAGUAUUCGGAUUGUAAUUUCAGGACAAUGGUGACUGGGGACAAGGUAGUGCACACCAACGACCUGAUUUAUUUGGCGCCUGACUCUGGAGUGCAAACUCUCACCCAUCCUGUUAUUUGCGUAUUUGACAGGCCGAAAGAAUGGGCCCCGACCAGUUACGAUCCAGUCUUCUCGACCUAUGGCCAGUCGGGUCUAGUGUUCCAUAUGGCCCUUAUGAACGAGGACUUCACCGGCCCGGCUACAUCAACUCGUUUUGCGCUCGGCUCGUUCAUCCCAAUCGUGGCUCGUGUGGAGGAGAAAAUGCAUCAGCCGUUGCUCCUGCUGAUUGAAGAGUGUAUAGCGACAACUACGCCAGAGCGGCAGUCCGACUAUUAUUACAACAUUAUCGGCAAUAAGGGCUGUCUUUUGGAUAGUAAGAUGUCACAGUCCAGAUUUGAACAAAGGCUGAUUUCAUCAGAAGUCAGACUUUCUCUUCAAGCGUUUAGAUUUGCUGUUGAAGAGGAGGUGUUUCUUCACUGUAAACUUGUAGCUUGGGAUCCAUCUGGUAUUGAUCACACAAAGAAGGCGUGCAACUUUGUCAAAGGGCAUGGGUGGGAGUUGGUGGACAACCUUGCACAUAGCAAGUUGUGUGACUGCUGUGAAACUAGUUGCAAGUCCAGGUGGUCAAGGAGUGUAGCUUCAGGUAUCCCACACCUCCCCUCUCCUGGCAUCAUCGUGCUGGUCUGA